AUGGGGUAUACCACACUCUGGAGGCGACUUUCGCCACGUCAGCUGAAUGUCGCCAUCCAGAUAUUCUCCCUGAUCUCAAUCUUCUUCGAGGGUUAUGACCAGGGUGUGAUGGGUGGUGUUAACAGCUCCCCGAGAUAUGUAACAGAAGUUGGCAUCGGUAGACCUGAUGGGACUGUGACCAACACCACUCACCAGGGGGGCAUUGUCAGCGUCUAUUACCUGGGUGCGAUCUUCGGUUGCUUCGCUGGCGGGUGGCUUGCAGAUCGUGUUGGUCGGAUCAACGGCCUACUCGCUGGGUCAUUAUUUGCGCUGAUCGGUGGCGCGCUGCAGGCGGGCGCUCAGAAUUCCAACUUCAUGCUGUGUGCUAGGGUGGUUACAGGGAUUGGGACCGGGGCCUUGACUGGGAUUACCCCGGUGUUGGUGUCUGAGACCUCUUCUGCGAACCACCGCGGCGGCUUUCUGGGCUAUGUGUUCAUUGCCAAUUAUCUAGGUAUAUCCAUGGCAUAUUGGAUCUCCUUCGGCCUCGCUUUCGUCGAUAACGGUUACUCGGACGUACGAUGGCGCUUCCUCCUCGCCUUUCAGUGUUUCCCGGCACUCAUACUAGUUUCCUUUAUCAAAAUGUUACCGGAUAGCCCUCGCUAUCUGGCCUCGGUGGGGCGGAAUGAUGAGGCUCGAGACCUCUUGAAUCGUAUUCGCAAAGAUCGGGCAUCGCAGGAAGAUAUCGACCGAGAAUACCUUGAGAUUAUAGUGACCGCACAGGGAAGCAAGCGCAGCUCGCCCACUGAAUUUGGAAUGAUCCUAAUUGGAAAAAGUGAAAAACCAGGGCUAAAUCUUGGUCGACGAGCUUGGUUGUGUGUUUGGCUUCAGAUUAUGGCGUCCUGGACGGGUAUUACGGCUGUGACUGCCUAUUCCCCGACACUGCUUGCUCAAGCAGGCUAUAGUGAUAUAAAGCAAAACGGUCUUGCUGGAGGAAUCAACACAAUUGGAAUUAUAGGUACCAUUAUCAGUGCUCAAAUAAUCGAUCGAUUAGGCCGACGGGUGUGUCUGAUGGGCGGAGCAGCUAUUUUAUCUGCAGUCAACUUAAUUGCUGGAGCUGUUUAUGAAGGUUCCCUGCAUAAUCCUGAAAAAGCAUCUCAAUUUGCGCCUGGUGCUGUGACCAUGCUCUUUUUGUUCAAUUUGGGUUAUGCUGCCACCUGGGGUACGGUCGCUUUCUUGGUUCCCACUGAGAUAUUCCCCAGUGAUCUACGCGCCCAAGGCAAUGGCUUUGGUAUUACAGGGUGGGCAAUUGGGGUUGGUAUGACCACUUUAGUCAACCCGAUCAUGUUUAAUGUCAUGACUAGCCGUACGUACUUUUUGUUUGCUGGCCUUAACCUCAUCUGGAUCCCGAUCGUCUACCUAUUCUACCCUGAAACUCGCGACCGCUCUCUCGAGUCCAUCGACGCUCUUUUUUCGACGUCCAGUCCGUUCUACUGGAAGAUGGAACAAGCCUAUAAACUCCAUGGCGAUGUCCUCGCCGAACACGGAGUAAAUAUGAGUGAGGUCUCUCAGUGGCGGCAAGACACAAACUGA